AUGCAUUUCACAAACCACAGCCAUCAGAACCCAAACUCUUUUCUGCUCAUGGGAAUUCCUGGCCUGGAGGCAUCCUACUUUUGGAUUGCAUUUCCCUUCUGCUCCAUGUAUGCCCUAGCAGUGCUUGGCAACAUGGCAGUGCUGCUGGUGGUGCGAUCGGAGCCUGCACUACACCAGCCCAUGUACCUGUUCCUAUGCAUGCUGUCCAUCGUUGACCUGGUGCUCUGCACUUCUACUGUGCCCAAACUCCUUGCACUUUUUUGGACAAAUGCUACUGAGAUUGACUUUGGGGCCUGUGCUACUCAGAUGUUCUUUAUCCAUGGCUUUUCAGCUGUUGAAUCUGGUAUCCUGUUAGCAAUGGCCUUUGACCGCUACUUGGCCAUCUGCCGGCCACUGCACUAUGGGUCAUUGUUGCCCCCAGAGGCUGUGGGCAAGCUGGCAGCUGCUGCUGUGUUUCGUGGCUUGGGCCUCAUGACCCCACUCACAUGCUUAUUGGCAAGGCUGAGCUACUGUAGCCGAGUGGUGGCCCACUCCUACUGUGAGCACAUGGCUGUGGUAAAGCUGGCUUGUGGGGGUACACGGCCAAACAACAUCUAUGGCAUUACUGCUGCCACGCUAGUUGUGGGCACAGAUUCCAUCUGCAUCACUGUCUCCUAUACACUAAUCCUCCGGGCUGUGUUAGGCCUCUCCUCCAAAGAGGCAAGAGCUAAGACCUUUGGCACUUGUGGCUCCCACCUGGGUGUCAUCCUUCUCUUCUAUACACCAGGGCUCUUCUCAUUCUACACUCAGCGCUUUGGCCAGCAUGUGCCCCGACACAUCCAUAUCCUCUUGGCUGACCUUUACCUUGUUGUACCACCCAUGCUCAACCCCAUCAUCUAUGGCAUGAAGACCAAGCAGAUCCGGGAUGGGGCCCUCCGACUGCUGAAGCGGGGCAUUGUUCAGUCUUAAAUCUCCAACCCCACCCUAGAACCUUGUCUUCUUCCUUUAGGCUUGGGCAAUUGUUGGAGUGGGCCAUUGGGAAUAUGUGGCCACCAGUUAAACUGUGAGCCAGACUGGGGCAAUUGGAGGUUCCUCACACCUUCGCCUGUCCCUGGAAUAU